AUGGCUACCACCACAGCUUCCUCCUUCAUUAGCUCUGUGAUCCUGCAGCCCAUCAUCGUGGCGAUCAGCAGCGCUGUGUACUCAUCACUCCUAUCCUACGAGAUGGUUGGAAACCUCGACUGGAGGCCGAUUGUCAUAUGCGCGACAUCUGAUGUCCUUGUCAUCGCGGCUGACCACCUGAAGGAUCAAGAAGUUGUCACCGGUACUCGAGGCGCGGCUGUCAUAAAGCGUUUUACCCCCCUUGCGCGUAUCUUUUUGGCGUUGAAUGUGUCGCUGCUCGCGGCAGCUUUAAGUCUCAGUCCGCCGCAAGCGACGUUCUUCACCGCAGCUUUUACCGCGCCAGCUUUUCUGUGGACGACCCCGCUUGAUCUUUCACGGGCCGGCGCAGUAUUGAAGAGAUUCAUAGGGGCAAAUUAUAGUCGAGAAGUGAACAAAGCUCACAAACCGUUCGUAAUCAAACGGGUUCCUGGCAUGAAGGCUUUUUUCAGCGGUACCAUUCGAAGCUGCGGGGUGUUCUUUGUCGUCCAUUCGGCGCUGCAGUCUUCGUUGACAUCGACCCAUAACGCACUUCCAUGGACGAUCGCCGAGACUCUCAUUUGGUCGAUUGUUAAUCGCACCGGUCAUUGUGUUAUGUCGGACGUGCGCGACUACGACGAGGACAAGGAGGCCGGAGUCCCGACCAUACCGGUCCUUCUGGAUUCUCUUCUUAAGACUCGGAUGAUCUUGACCGUCGUUCACGCAGCCGUUUUGACGGCCUUCCGCCAUAAUCCAUUUAUUGUGGCAAGUUCCUGCUUUGCCAUUGCUCUUGUUUGGAUCCUAGGGAAAGAUACUCCGAAACCUUACUUCCGUCUUAGUCUUCACUCUCAGUCGAUCUUCAUUGUUACGUACGCUCUUUUACUCACUUUUAACUUACUCUAG